AUGUCAGAGGUUAAAGACCCUGCAAUAAAGCUAUUUGGAAGAACAAUUCCUCUUCCACUCAUCAUAUCUAAUGACUCUUCAUCUUCCUCUCCUUCUUCUUCUCCACCACAAUUCAUCUCUGCAAUACAACAAGAGGAACCAUCAAGGAAAGAACUAUCCACAGCACAAGAUGAAGAAGCCUUUCAACAAACCGCGGAGGAUUUAAAAUCACCUGCAGCAUCUUCAGUCAUGCUUGAGAAUCCUCCGAAGACUCCCUCAGCCGAAACCGAAAAUUCAUUACCAAAAGCUUCUACAAAUGGAGAACAAAGUGAGGCUAGUGUUUCAGAAGAUAAAACCCUGAAGAAACCCGACAAAAUAAUUCCAUGUCCGCGAUGCAAUAGCAUGGACACCAAGUUUUGUUACUUCAACAACUACAAUGUCAACCAGCCCCGUCAUUUUUGCAAGAAAUGUCAAAGAUAUUGGACUGCAGGAGGAACAAUGAGAAAUGUUCCGGUUGGUGCAGGGCGCCGCAAGAACAAGACCUCGCCUACCGCACAUUAUAGACAUCUGAUCAUUCCGGAAGGAGUUAAGGUUAAUUCCCCUAAUGGAUUACAUGGUUCUGUCUUGGCGUUCGAUUCAGAUUCGCCUCUUUGUAAUACCAUGAGUUCUGUAUUGAAAAUUGGAGAGAGGACACCAAAUUGUGUACCAAAUGGCUUUCAUUAUCCAACUGGACCACCAAAUACUUUUGUUUCCUAUAGCGGGGAAGACGAUCACUCGAUUGGAGUUUCUGUUACAACUUCAACUUCUUCAGAGAGGAAAGUUCACACAGACACAAAUGUAUCAAUGGAUAAAAGAGUUGAAGGCUUCCCUCCUCAAUUGCAAUAUAUUCAAAGUCCCCUUUUGCCUUAUCCAUGGAAUUCUGCAAUGCCUCCUCCUACAUUUUGUCCACCAAACUAUCCAUUAGCAUUCUAUCCUCCACCGGCGUAUUGGGGUUGUGUGCCACCUCCAUGGAAUAUACCAUGUCUCUCACCAAAUAGUCCUUCUGUUAACCAAAGUGACUCUCCGCAGUAUUCACCUACUUUGGGAAAACACUCGAGGGAUGGAAACAUCAUUACCUCGGUGAACUCACGUCAAGAACAGCCUGAUAAAGAACACAAUAAUACCGAAAGGGGUGUUUUGACCCCAAAAACACUUAGAUUCGAUGAUCCAAACGAAGCUGCCAAGAGUUCCUUAUGGUCAAAGCUUGGAAUCAGUAAUGACAAAGCCAACUCCCUCAAUGGAGGAAGCAUGUUCAAUGCAUUUCAAUCCAAGGGAAAGGACAAUAAUCACUCGGUUGAAGCGUCGCCGAUGAUGUAUGCCAACCCUGCAGCUUUAUCGCGGUCUCGUACCUUCCACGAAGGAUCCUAA